UUAUGGGAUUGAAUCUUCAGCCAGGCGGGAAGUUAAAAAUGUCAAGCAUGUUCCGAACGUUUGCCCUAUGUUAUUUUGUGUGCAACAUUGUUUGUAGAACCAUUUGUGCCUCAGACUUUAAGAAACUUCAAUGGUGGGUAGAUGAAAUCCGAUAUAGUCACUUAGCGGAGAGCGUGGCUGUGCAGUCAAGUUCGCCUUUAGUUCCUGUUGGGAAUGUUUGGAAAGACCUCGGUGUUCAAAAUGUUGUCAGUGAACUUCAGGAUGACUAUUCCUCAUUUCCAUAUUGGUUGAGGAUACAAGUGAAGCAGAAUAACAAGGUUUCUCACAGUGCAGCUAGGUAUCUUGCUCUACGUGGCAUUACUCCAGUUGUAAGGUUCCUGCCCAGAGCAAGCCCCAGGGUGGACAACAGUUUACCCUCCGGCAGUAUGGAGCUACAUGGUGCACUCAUUGAUCAGGCUGACUGGAAGGUGGACCAUGAUAACAGCAGCUGCUACUUUCUCUGUGAGCCAGCCUGGCUGGUGCCGUUACCUAUGGACAACUAUACCAGCUUACCAAGGGUGGAGGUGUUGGGCGGUGGAGAUGCUGUUCUUAUGAAAAUGUUAAGUGAAGGUGUCCACAUCCACCACUUCCACUCCCAGCUCCUGGAGUUUCCAGAUGCCCUAGGAAACAAAUCUGACCUGAGUGUCAGUGACCUUGCUACCUGGGAUCCCUAUCAUGCUGUACACAUCCCAUUGUUGUCACCAUCUAUCAUAAUGACAGGGUUUAGCAACUCAACCCUGGGUGUCUUCACAUCAGAUCAAUUUGAAACACACAAUGUCAUCCAGUUUAGGAUCCCAAGUAGACAAGAGACAAAUCUGUGCUCAGGCUGGACUUCUGCACCACCUACCAUCUUCAGUAACCUGAUGUUUCCAGGCAGUUUCCUUCUGGCCACCUCUGCUGGGGUUGUUCAGUAUCCUCUGGGGGAGUAUGCUAACACAACUAAGUGUGUAAGUAAGCUGAUUGGUCCAAGUGAUCCUCUAUCUGGAAGGUUCCAAGUGAUUGGGAUUGGAGGUGAACCUGAUAAAGGAGAUGUUUUGGUGGCAGACAUGACUGAUUCCAAGUACCAGGCAAUAGACUUUGUGGAAUUAGUUGACCAUAGGAACUUGUCUUACUGUGCUGUAUUGGACAGGACUGGUGACUAUUCAGCAUGUACUUUAGUUGAUGCUGCCAUCAGUCCAGUGACCAACCAAACAUUCCUUUUCUUGGUUCUAACAAAUGACAUGAAUGCAGACAAACAUUACCACGUAAUGCAGUUCAUUGGUGAGCCUGGUCAAGGCACAUGGGAGGAACUGUCUGUUAUAUCAGAUAAGCUGCCACCUAAGUCACAGUUUGACCAUUUCACAUGGUUAACAAGUGAUGUUCAGGACCAAGGACAGGACCAACUUACACUGACGGGCAUGUCCUUCUUGGGGAUGGUGUCACAAGGCCUGUACCUGUGGGGCAGUGCUGUUUUGUACAGUGAAGAUGCAGGAAGGACCUUGUGGUGGCUUCACACCUUCAUGUCUAACUCUACUGUCACCCAGCUUGUACCGUCUGGAGAUGGGGCUUUUGCCUUCCUCACCGAUUCACAGGAGUUAUGGUAUGGGAUGGCUGGCACCACUCGGCUCGUGAAGCUGAGACCCAGUGAGGGUUGGUCUUUGGCAGAGAGUUUUGGUGACCUGCAGAUUCGCUGUCACAACACCAGCACACUUGCCAUAUUCAUGGAUAUCAAUAGUGAACUCAGGGAGGUCCUGACCAUAGUUACCAACAAUAGUGUUCAGAUAUCCAGUCAGACCAUCCCAGUCAUAGACAUUUUGCAGCAUCAAACUUACUUAACUGGAAUUCAGAAAAUGCGGACAGCUUUGGCAGGAACGACAGAUGUGGACAACUUCCCCGUCACCAUUCCCCGCAGUUGCCCCUACUCCUUCAUGCAGUUGGAAAUACCAGACAUCCAACACAACAGUGACAUGAAAAAGUUUAACAUCCGACCAGCACAUAUAAGUUAUUCCCGACCUGUUCAUACGUCAGACUCCCUGGCUGUGUACUCUGGGAUGGUACACUACAUGACCCACUACAAACCACCUCAAGAAUGGGCAUACAGUCUUGCUGCUAUUAAUAAUUUCCAGAACCUGCUGGCUGCUCAUGAGAAUGUGCAGGAUUACUAUACAUACAUGUACUCAACACGGAACAUAAAAGAUGUGUUUCUCAGCCUGGAGGAUUACCAGGAACCGCACAGCAAUGCCAGUGCCACACAAUUUCCGCAGCAUGUCUUCCUGGACACCAAAGCCUCCUUCAUAGUCUACAUCAGAAUGAAUCUGCACCCUGCUCACCCCAAAGACACGGAGACAUACGAGCACACAUCCAUGGAUCAUCUCCAGUUGUCAGUCUGGGUGUCUGAACCCACACUCCUGGAUGUCACCUCCAACAAGACAGUUUUCUACCAUAACUCCUCUGUGCUCUAUCAGAUUACUGUUGCAGACACAGGUGUGUACAAGCAGCAGCAUCCUCCUGGAGAGAAGUUACAGGCUGUGUCUCUCCAAAUGCAGCCUUGGAAUGCACCCCUGAACUGUUUUCACCAGGAGAAAACACAGGGAGUGUUAUCAACCAGAGUGAUGCUGGGAUGUCCCUUGUCAGUGAAGGUCCUGUUUGACUCAGCCACUUCCCUCCCAUACUCCAUUACUAAGUACAGCUGUCGGCAGACUGAUCCUGACAUUCCCUGCUUCUACUUGAACAAAGCCUUCAGACCAUUCUUUAAGGUGAAUGACCUUGUGACAAGGACAUCUGUUGAGUACAAGGGAAACUACACCCUACUGCUGAUUGGUGGAGGAUGGAAUUCUCUCAGUAAUGUUGAGAUGUGGAGUCAGGAACAGGUUGAAUUGUACAACCCUCACUUCAGGGAAGAUGCUCCAGCCAUGUGGUGGCCAGGGUCCAGUGUGCUAGCAACUGACAGGAUUUUUAGCCAGAACCAAAAUGUCAUCAGCUGGAUCUGGCCAAUGGACUCUCCUUGGUGUCAACUGGUCCCAAACCUGGGAGCCGUACCUGAAUACUACCUACUCUUCCGUUUUUCAAACAAGGGAGUUGACAGCUCCACCAACUGUGAGCACACCCUUCAGUUUUACAUUCGUGUGUAUGGAAAUCCCGUCCACUACAGCUUCAAGAUAGCCCUACUUUUUGCUACAUUUGUAUUUGGACUGCUGGCUGCAAUUACAUACUACCUCUGCCAUCGCAAUGAUGCCAAGCUCUGGAAUAAGGUGGUACGACCAGUGACUGACAGGAUGUACAAUACCAAGACAUACUUAAAGAGAAGAUUAAGCAUGGUACUUGCACCACCAACAUUUAAUGCAGACAAAGCAGAGGGAGUGGAGAAGGAGGAUGGGUUCCAAUGGAGAGCUGAUGAAGACCUGGACACAUCAGAAGGUGGAGUGGAAGAGCCUUUUACUACCCCAGUGGUGCCCAUGCCUAACAUCAUAAUCCAGUCCGGCAGUACAAUGGAUAUGGAGCUGAGCCGUCGCCACAGGUUGGAACCACUGGACUUUACUCAUCAGCACAAGACUUGAGACAUUGUAAACUCUUUCAUAUUCUCUUUCUUCUACUGAA